AUGGCGCAUGCGCACAUCAAUCACUCCAACAUCCACUUCAAGUGGUCCAAAAACAUCCCCCCCGUUCUUGCAGUCGAGUCAGGCGCCGAGCUCAACUUCGACCUCAAAGAUGGCUUCAACAAUCUGAUCCACCCAGGCACCACUGCCGCCCAGCUCCGAGACCUCGACACCUCCCAAACAGACCCAGCCUUUGGCCCCGUGGCAGUCGAGGGCGCCGAGCCAGGCGAUGUGCUGCGCGUCGACAUCCUCGAGCUGACGCCCGCGCCGUACGGCUGGACGGCCGUCUUCCCCGGCUUUGGCCUGCUGAGCGACGAGUUUCCGGGGCCCCAUCUCAACGUGUGGGAUUUGAGCACCAUCGCAGAGGGCUAUGCCGAGUUCAAGAAGGGGAUCCGGGUGCCUACCCAGCCCUUCCUGGGUGUCAUGGGCCUCGCGCCCGCGCAAGACGGCGAGCUGAGCACGAUUCCGCCCUACAACUGGGGAGGCAACAUCGACUGCAAGCACAUCACCACGGGGUCGAGUCUCUAUCUCCCCGUACAAGUUGCCGGCGCCCUCUUCAGCUGUGGCGACGGGCAUGCUGCCCAGGGGGACGGCGAGAUCUGCGGCACGGCCAUCGAGACCCCAAUGAAGGCUCGCCUGCGUCUGACUCUUGAGAAGGACAAGCCCUGGGUCAAGUCUCCGCAUUAUCUGACUUCGCCCGAGGCCAAGACGCGCGCAAACAGCAAUCGCGGCCAAGAGUAUGCGGCUGUUGGCAUCGACGCAAAUCUAUUGGAGGCAACCAAGAAAGGUGUCCGAGGUGCCAUCGAUUGGCUUUGUGCGGAGAAGGACCUAAGCAAGGAAGAAGCCUACAUGCUGUGUUCGGUGGUUGGCGACUUGAAGAUUGUGGAAGCCGUCGAUAUGCCUCACUAUGCCGUCGCGUGCUGUAUUCCUCUCGGCAUUUUCGUGGGCGAGAAAUAG